CAUAAAUAGUAAUGUUAGUCUGUGGUUGUAGUACACAAACAGAGUUGUGACCGUGUGUGUGUGUGCGUGUGAACUGUUGUGCUGCCGUCCAGACGACAAUGACACAUAAUCCAAAAUAAUCCAGUUAAUUUUCUCUCUCCAAUUUGUGUUUAACCUUUGGCAAGUAAAAAUAAACACCAACAAGGGCGUAGCACCCACCUCAUCACCUUGUCCUCCCAUUUCAGAACACUUUUCCAGUAACACACACGAGAGGGCUCUAAUCAUGUUAAAAACCGUAUUUAGAAUGUUUAAACAGGUUUAUAUGCUAUACGUUUGAAGAUAUUGGAUUUAAGAAGUGAGGAAGUGAGAUGUACAUUGGUGUUUCUAACCAUAUUUGCUUUGCAUUUUGUGUUUUUUAGUCACUAUUUGCCAAAUUUUUUAAAUAAUAUGUUACUGUAGUAGAUCGUCCUGAGCAGCAUCAAAUCGGGUACCUACAAUAAUUUCCCUCAAAAUAGAACAAUGUUAAGCUUCUGGUACAAUAAUUUAUCAUUUCCUAUCUGGCAACACACUGGCCGCAACCGACCGCCGCAAAUAGAUUGCAGUCCUGUGAUAUACCCUCGAAGAUGAUGGUGAUGAUGAUGGUGAAGGUGGAGGCCAGGGACAUGACGUGACACCCCUGUUGUAUGCCACCUGUGCCAGAAGACAAAGUUCUUAUGUUUAUUAGUUUGCUGAGAAGAAAACAAUCAGCUACUCACGUUGGUCAAGCUAGCUAGUUAGCAUCGUUAGCUCGUCCACGACAGCAGUCUAAUGGAGAAAAGAAGAUUUCAAGUGAUGCUGGCUGUGGCAGUGGCGGUAGUGAAGAGCCGGGCGGCGGGCAUGAGCGGACGCCAGCACGUUGAGGCCUUGGCGGGCCGCCUGAGAGGCCAGGAGGACACUUGCAGGAGCCAGGAUGACCUGCGGAAGCUGAUCACCAUGAUGACAGCAGGUGGUGAUGCCGCCAUGUCAACCUUCCUCAAGGACCCAUCUUCACCGGCAAGCAGCCCCUCAGACACUCCAAAACUCUUUCAGCCGGCAUUUCUGUCCAAUCAGCACAAGGAUGCUCAGCGAAGGGUGGCAGGUCUUCCUCACAUGCACUUACUGCAGUCACUGUGCACCUUAAGCCGAAUGGGUGCCGGUCCAGAUUCACUAUGGUGUGGUCCGGGCGAGAACGUGGGCCUGGUUUUGGAUGACACGUUGUGUCAGCUCCUCGACUCUGUGGUGGCGGUGUUCAGGGACCCUUGCCCCGGGGGAAUGGGCGAGCUUGCCCUGAAGGCUUGUCGAGCGUGGGCGCGAGCCUCUGACCGGUUCUGCAGUCAGAACGCACCGUGUGGUGACUUGAGGGCACGUGUACACAUGUCUCUCAAGGAGCUGACCGCCAUCUUGCUACACGCCAACCAACGCCACUCUACCUGUGAGAUGCUGACGGCCUGCUUGGUGGCGCUGGCGAGCAGUAGCAUGUCAAAGUCCUUCCUUGUUGCUCACUUCCUCUGUGAAAUCAGCGCCUUGGCGGAUGUGCUGUGGCACGCCCUGCAGGAGAAGUCUCCUCUUGAUGUGUUUCCUGUGGAUCAGUACCAAAAUUCCGGUCGCCUAUUGUGGAUCCUGGAGGAGCUGCUGCAGAACUCGGAGGUAGCAUGGCGAGAGAAGGCGCAGUUUGAGUGGAUGGAUAGCCUCCUUCACUUGCAACGACGAAUGUUUGCCCUCUCUGAGGAGUUCCCACUCUUUGCCAUCUCCACAUGGAGGAUAGCAGCACUCCUGGCGUGAUUCUUCUGCUCCAAAUUGAUCCUUAAACAUUACGUCACAGAAGCAAAUAUGAAUAUAUAUAUAUACACCAUUUUGCUCCGCCCACACAAUGGUGGAGAUGCUCUUCCCUCGCAUGAUCUCACGAUCCCCCUGCCUCCUGACCAUGUGAAGAAUAUUUUAAAAAGUUUGUAUCCAUCAAUGCAUCUCAAGCUGAGCUUCCUGCAGAAGUCACAGACUGACCUGCAGAUUUCAGAAGAUGAAGACCACACCUCCUUCUUUAGUCACAACCUUUCACCAACCCUUUCUCAGGAAAUUAUUUUGUAACAUGUUCGCUCGCAAUGUCCAACACCCACUGGAACUGACUGAUGCCAACUAGCAAGCUAACGCGGGUGCCAGUUGCAUGUUUUGCGUAACUGUGGUAAAGGCGGAUGCUUCCUGGCUAACUAGUUUGUAGGUGGGGAAAAGUUAAGUUGCUAGACGACAAGACUGGUGGCAGCCCUAGAUGGCAGCAGCAGCAGGCAUGACAAAAAGCCAGCAGACACACAAAAUGCUCACAAAUAUUUUAUUUGGAAUGCUUUCCUAAGUAUUGCACUUUUCUCACCCAGGAUGUGGAUUCAGUUUGUUUGCUUGGUUUCCAUGACUACGUCCUUCAGCGCUGAAAAGAUGAAAGGUGUUGAGAAGCGUAGGCUGAGCUGUCAGUCAAUGUUGAUGAUGCUGCUGUACCUCAAGUUCAGGAAAGAGCUCCAGCAGGGCGAUGUCCAGCAGGACGUACGACAUCUGAACACACCAAAGAAAAGACAACUAGUUCAAAGCAAGACAAUCAAUCGAGUUCAUUUUGCUCAAAUGAAUCUUAAUUUUCAUCACCUGCUUGUUGAGGAGUGGCUGCUGUAGACCCUCAAAGAGAAGUUGGAUUCCGUCGUGCUUGGCCUCCUCGCCAAUACACUUAUCAACCAUGUCUGAUCACACGCGCAUGCGCGCACAUACACAAAGACAAACUGGGGCUCAGUUAAACGUGUCUGACUCCUCCCACUGCCAACAAGUCAAGGAGUUGCAGACUCACCAGGCAGAUAGUCCAUCAUCUGCUCAAAGGUCUGCUUGGCUCUGGCCUGCUUGUCCAGACUGCUUCGCUCCUCGCUGCUCUCACAGAAGAUUGCGUCUGGCGGAACACGUGUGGCGAGCAUGUUUAGAACGGGAAGUCUAAAAGAUGGAGUAAAAGAUGAUAGACCUGACCUCGGAGCUGCGUUAUGAGUGAGACCAGGCGGUGCUCCUGCAUGAUCUCAUCCAACUUGGACUGCAUGUGUUGCUCCAUGUACGCCUCAAAGGUGUUCUUUAAAAGGAUCCUGCCGGCUGACAGGAAGUGAUGCAACCAUAGCGGCAUGCGGAACGCCAGUCGACCUUGGUGAUGAAAAGGUUAAGAUGUUUGUAUGUCCAGCAUGUGCGGCAACUGGCUGCGAGCACGUCGUCUUACCAACGUGCAUCAUGUAGUCGUACAUUCCCUCAACGCCAACCGCCCCCAGGAAGCAGCUGUGGUUGUGUCGCCUCUCGGUGCCAGACGGCAUGUUGGCAUUGUUCCUGAAGAGCCGGUUGAGGAGCUGCGCAGGAAGCAUGAUCAACAUCCUGUGCUGGUGAUAUGCCUAGCUAACGUGUGGGUAGCAGACGUCAUACCCGCUUGUUGGCAUCGGCGCCGGGACUAAGGAUGGUCAGCUCGGGACGGCUGGGUUUGGCUUUGGGAGACUCGCAUGAGUUGAAGAAGGACUGGAUGAAAGGCUCCAGGUUUUGACCUUUCUGGAAAACAUACCGCACUCAAAAGUCAUGAAUGCUAGCAUGCAACACCCCCUGCUGUCCACUACAGGAAGUGCAUGGAAACAGGACACACCUCUUUUAUCAACUUUCCAGGAACAGACUUGAAGAUCUUCCCUGCAGGACAAAAUAGUUUAGUUAGGAAGAAGAAGGACAAACAAAGAGAAAGGUGCUGAUGGUACCCAAGUUGACAUCAGGCAGCAUCCUGUCCACAAAUUGGGACUCCACACUAUGAGGAGACAGGAAGUCAGCCAGCAGCUGACUGUUGCUGAGCUCUGUGUACUGCAGGAGUCUCUACGCACACACACACACACACACACACACACACACACACACACAGAUCAGUGCUCCUCCUGAGUGUAGUUUGUCGGAUGUGUAUUACCUGUAAAUACUCCUCAAACUCCUCCCUCUUGGAGGCCAGGAAGUCAUGAUUCUUUGGUCCCAGGAUGCGUUUUGGAGGAAGCUGCGCCUCCGCAAAGGUGCCUGUGAGCAUCACGUCUUUUGAGUUUGAGGACAGUGGUGGACGGAAAGGAAGCAAACGGCAAGCAGCAACGUUACCGUGAAACUCUGUGAGCUUGGACUCCAGCACGUAGAACUCCAUGUAUCUUCUGUAGACCGACCACUUCUCUGGAUCAUGACCCACUGCAAGAAGACCUAUCAGGAUGACAAUGUUCUGCAGAUAUGCGACUCUUGGGCGUAGGCUCACCUUCCCUCCUGUCGUUGCGCUCCACAUCGAUGCAGAAAACGGGAAUCCUCUCCCUCUUGGCCUCAUCCUCGUAGAAGUCGAUGUACGGGAUGGUGAUGGUCCAGGCCGAAAGGUUCCUCAGACUUCCCGGUGUGCAGGCCAGCUCAGCGGGAGAGUCGUCCUCCAUCACCACCACGGCCUCCUCCACCUGUGGGGUCCAGACGUGUCACAUGACCAGCCGGCCUGAGGCAGGCAACAUUGAAGAGGAUGCUCACUAUGUCGUCAUCGACGUCGGCCAUGGCACUGGGCGGUAAGAUGGCGCCUUCCAUGGUGGUGCUCUUGAACACACCUUUGAGUUUGCUGCCAAUCCUGCUGAUCCCGAACGACUCCCCUCGCUUGGAAGUGUUCCUACAAGCAGGUCACAUGGUAUACGGCGCCCCUCACACGACCACUCAAGCACUGAUUGAUUGACAAACCUGCUGACUCGUGAGCUCCUUGCUGGUGACUCAGCUCCUUUCAGCAGGUGUCUGAAGUACUGACACACACACACACACACACACACACACACACACACACACACACACACACACACACACACACACACACACACACACAGUCAGCUUCCCAUUUUAGGACAUGUGCACGUGUGUGGUAGUCCUACCUCGUCGCUGUGACAGAACAUGGGCGUGAAUACGUUCUCCAGAAGAGACAGGACGUGUUCGUAGGCCUCAAAGAGACAGCGCAUGGUCUGCAGCUUGACCACGGCGCCGUACGGACCUGCAGCCACUAAAGAAGAGGUCAUGUGACCACACGUCAAAAGGCUUCUACUUAUUUCCAAACGACCAGCUGGGGCCGUGUCAAGCGGGGAUGAUAAAAAGGAUGUCUUACCGUUCUUUAUCUCGUCCACGAUGAAGCAGUCCAAGUUGAUCUUGUCCAUGCUCUCGUCCAGGCAGUACGUCUCGUAGAUGUGCACAACCUCACCGUGCAGACGCCGCAGCUCCGAGUCGCACAGCUCCGGGCUCAGGAUCUUGUCGUUGAGCUCCUCUGGAGGAUGACGUGGCAACAUUUGUGUCACGUGAUGCCGU